AUGCCUGCCACCCCUGCUGCCGUGGUCCAGCGCCCGUCCAUCUGGACGCUCUUCAAGCAACAGCGCCUGCCGGCGUGGCAACCCAUCUUGACACCGCAGCACUCGGCCCUCUGCCUCAUUGCGGUAGCAGUUGUGUGCUUGCCACUGAGCCUGUCACUCUUUCACGCGAACGAGUCCGCGGUGGAUAUUACGGUGCGCUACGACCAUCAGCAGCAGUGCUCAUUUGGGUACAACAGCACCGGUGCCUUUCGGUAUGAGGCGUCGCCGGGGAACGUGUGGCAGACGGGAUGCGUCACGGAUGUUCCGUUUCGCGUAGACAAGCACCUCAGAGCACCGGUGUACGUCUACUACGGCCUUGACAACUUCUACCAGAACCACCGUCGGUUCUCAAAGUCUGUGAGCGACGCGCAACUGGCCGGGAAGCGCGUCUCCGCGGAGGCCAUUGCCUCUGCCACGUCGCCUCUCACGUACCCAGGCGAGUUGCGCCACGCCGGUGAUCAAGGCAUUAACUUCUUGGGCACUUUCCUCCACUACAGUGACUUUGUGUAUGUACCGGCUGGACUGAUUCCGUGGUCCAUGUUCAACGACACAUUCACCCUGUACCGCAUCACCCAGCACGAGGCCGCCGCGGUGACGGCGCCGUCGCUGCGGCUCAUCUGCAACGGCAGCGCCUUUUCGCGCUUCACAAACGAGCCGCUCGACGGUGCCGGCCGCUGCCACAAAAAAGGCAUUGCCUGGACGUCGGACGUAGAGUUCAAGUACAAAAAACCGUACUUUCCACCUCCUUCGUCGCCUCGACCCGUAUGGAGCGCUCCAAAAUGGGCGUACGAGGCUGCGGACGGUGAUGUGAACCCCAACCCUCCAUCCAACAUGCCGUCCGACAAUACGUAUUUCAACGAAGGCUGGUACGCCGAUGAGCCUGGUCACCGCAUCCCAGUCACGACGGACGAGGACUUGAUGGUCUGGGCACGCGUGGCCUCGCUGCCCAAAUUCCGGAAGCUGUAUCGCGUCAUUGACGAGGACCUGGUGCCGGGCACCUAUCUGAUGCGCAUCCAAGAGCAUUUCAACGCGGCCAGUUACGGCGGCACAAAGAGCUUCUCAAUAGCGACGCUGUCGUGGCUUGGCGGCCGCAACACUUUCAUGGCGUGGAUGUACUUCACGAUCGGCGCCGUCUCUGCCGUCAGCGGUGCUUCUUUUCUGUGCAUUCACCGCUGGUACGGUGAUCGGGCCCUGCAUGCCGUGGCGAUGCUGCUGAAGGGUGACUAA